GCUUGACGCCGGUCUGUGCCGCUGUGUUGGCAGUCGGUCGUACCGGAGAGAGCGAAGCGCUGGAUUCAAGUGUUUAUAUCUCUGUUCUGUUGGCUCUGAAAUACUCCGUCCGUGCAGGCGGCAGGGAUGGGAUGUGAUCUGGAUGGCUGACGGAAAGGGACGAGGACCAAUCACAUGAUAACAUGCUUGCUCGUAACCGCUUCCUCCUCCUGGUGGUGGUGGGCGGAGCUGCGCUGGCCAUCAUCAGCCUGAGCUUGCAGUUCCUGAACCUGAUCCCCACCACUCCCGUAGAGGAGGAGCGACCCUUCCACGCUGCCGAUGGAGGUGUUGGGGUGGCUCUGGGAAAAAGCAGGAAGAGAGUUUUCCCGAUGCCUCACACCCAGGAGCCUGACCCCGUAGCCGAAGCUUACGGCUACUGCAACACUCCCAACCGCAGCGAACAGGCCUGGGAGGGUCACAGUCCAGCUGACUACAAGCUUCUGUCCGUGCAAGUGAUGAUUCGCCAUGGUGACCGUUACCCUCUCUACUCCAUCCCCAAGACCAAGCGACCCGCCAUAGACUGCACCUUGUCCAGCAGCAGGAAGCCUUCCCACCCUCUACUGAACCCCUUCAUCAGUCACAUGGGCCUGGGAGGACGUGGUCACUGGGAUUCGCCUCUGAGCUCUGUUCCCCGUCUGCCCAACCACAGUUCCUGUGAGAUGGGAGAACUCACACAGACAGGUGUUGUUCAGCAUCUACGCAAUGGGCAGCUCCUCCAACAAGCCUACAAGUGUCACAACCUCCUCCCCUCUAACUGGUCGCCCCGCCAGGUGUGGGUCGAGACCACAGGUAAGAGCCGCACCCUGCAGAGCGGACUGGCCUUCUUCUACGGAUUCCUGCCAGACUUUGAUUGGACCAAGCUGACCGUGCGGCACCAGUGGAGCACGUUGUUUUGCGGCUCAGCCUGUGACUGCCCCGCCAGGAACCGGUACCUGGAGGAGGAGCAGAGGAGGCAGUAUCGGCUGAGAGUGAGCGAUACCGAGCUGGAGAGGACUUACGUCGAGAUGGCUCGGACUUUGGGUCUGCUCACCCGCACACUCCGAGCUGCAAACCCUAUUGACUCUCUCCUGUGCCACCUGUGCCACGGCAUUCCUUUCCCGUGCGUUCCCGUGGGAGAUAGUGGUGCCAGUGGAUGUCUGACAAUGGCGCAGUUUGCAGUGAUCCGUCGACAGCAGCUCGAUGAUGAGGUGGAGCGUAGAAAAGUGGGGCUGUACCGUAAUUAUGCCAUCCUAGCCAUGUAUCCUUACCUCAACAGAACUGCCAACAAAAUGGAGCGUGUUGCUAAGGACAACGAGGCUGGUCGUCAGCCUCGUCUCGGUGGAGAGGAGGUCUUCACCCUCUCUUCAGCGCAUGAUGUCACCAUGGCUCCAUUGCUGAGCGCUCUGGGACUGGAAGAGGCCCGCUUUCCACGAUUUGCAGCGCGUGUAGUCUUCGAACUAUGGAAGAGUCCCCCGGCGACGCAAGGACAGCCGAAGAAGAAAGCCGGCAAGGGCGGGAAGUCGAAGGCGAAAGACGGGGAGCUGUUCCUCAGGGUGCUCUACAACGGCGAGGAUGUGACAUUUCACACCACCUUCUGUCGCUCCCAUGACCGCCACACAGGCCAGCCCCUCUGCCCUCUGAAGAACUUCCUGUCUUAUGUCAGGAGAGACAUGUUUAGAGUUUUCAACGCCACGUCCUACCAGGAGGCCUGCUUUAGGCGCCCUGUUUGACCGAUGGACAGAUGGUGCGGAUGGUGCCUGAGUGGAAGAGAAGACUUGGCAGAUGGUUGUUGUUUUUCUAGUUCUCACUUUUAAAGUCGGUGCACUUUUUUGUUGCUCUUACAGUUCCACAUUAUUUUUGACCACAGCCCUCUGACAUCGCUGAGCACGAGGAGAGGAGCAAACAUGCAGGACUGAAACUUUGCUGAUGUCGUCACUUUCUAACAUUUUCUACAUUUUUAAAUACGGUACUGUAAGUUUUCUAAAGCGUGUCUGUAACAGGCGAGUAGUUUAAGGGAAGCUGAAUGGCACUUAGCCACUUUAUUCAUACGUUCCAUAAACCGUGGAAAUGUAAAAAUCCAGUAUUUUCUAAAUGCUUGAAGAAACAUGGAGGUCGAUGCUGGAAACACUUUGCAGGAAGAAUCAUUCCUUGGAAAUAUAUUAAUAUAUGUCUUUUUUACUAACAUUCACACUAGUGUUGUUGUUCUCGAGACUACCUUUUGAAGGUCUCGGUCUCAGAAUCUAAAACACCGGUCUCAGACUGGGCAGACUCCAGAUUAUAAAUCAAGACCACCACUGAUCGGCUGUUUUUCCACAUCAUUACUGCGAUUAGACUGAAAACUCCUCUUUCCAAAAGAACGAAUAACUUCAAUUCAUUCAUAAUUAGAUUUUUAUCCCCCGGUUACGGCCACAACCUUCACGGUGUUAUGGCCUAAAGGCCUUUGUACACUGAGUCCGGAGGAGAGUUUCACCUGUCAAUUAAGGAGCUGCAGAAUUAUCUCGACCACUUCCAGGUGCAUUUCAGGAUGACGGUGAUCCAGUUUUAUACGCUGCUCUCUGUAACUGCACAUUAAAAAGAAGAACACAGUAUGACAGUAUGUUUGAGGUAGGGACACAGACAGCCGCACACACGCACACAUUUUCGGAACAAACUUGUUCCGAAAUAAAUAAUGACUAAGGUCAGUUUGCAAACAUGAUUGACAUAACAUGUGGUCGUAUCUAUUUCUAACAUGCAUCAAUUUCAGGCGGAAAAAAAACGACUGAGUGUGCAAUGGCCUUAAGUGAGUGACACGCCUGCUGCACACAAGAUGAUGAUUUUUCAGCGAUAUUUAUGGUCUCGGUUUCACCCUGCCUUGGUCUUGACUCAGUCCCGAUCCCUUAAUGUCUUGGCCUUGUCUCGGUCUCUGAGCACUCUGGUCUCGGGUGUGUCUUGGUCUCGGUUAGUGUGGUCUUGACUACAACACUAGUUCACAACCAGAACUUCAAUCCCUCAGCGUUUCUUUGGAUCUUAAAGUCGAUUCUUUGAGAAAUAGGCCGUCAGUUUAACUUUAAGGGAUCAUUUUAACUUUGACAUUUCAACUUCUUUUGUUUGAGUCCAAUUCUCUCUGUUCUUUGAAAAUAAUAGUUUGGGUAGUUACAGAUCAUCGGCACGUUUACAAUGACAUUCCACUUAUUGUUUGUGUUUGUAGGAAACUGAAUCUAAUAAAGGUUCGUCAUGAGCAGAAAGAUAUCAGUGCA